AUGAUUCGAUUUGAUCUUGGCAUUCUUUUACUUAUAUCAGUUAUUAAUGCUGAUAUUUAUUUGCAUUUUCCAUCGGGUUCAAAUAAUCGUGUUAAUGAAAAUACAGCAAAUCGUGCAAAUGAUCAAAAUGCAUUUGAUUCUCAAAACAAUAAUAAAGGUGGUUAUAAUGUUCCGGAUGCGACUAAUCAAGCAUAUGAUACAGAUGCUUCACGUCAAUAUUAUCUUAAAUUCUUUCAAAGUGGUUCAACAGGUAAAACAAUUUUACGUUUUGUUUGGACAAAUCAACAUGGUUGUGGUGGUAAUGAAGAAACAAAUCCAACAAAACAAACAUGCAAUCUUAUUCUUCAAUAUAUGUGUCAAGAUGGUGACAUGAAUGAAAAUGAUCUUGAUAAAUUCCGUAAUGGAGUCGAAACAACAUCUCAAACAUAUACAUCAGACAAAACAUCGGAUGCAGCUGGUAAAAUAGCUGAUGUUAAGACAACACGUCGACUUCAUGAAUCAUGGAAUUACUAUGAUCGAUGUUAUAAUCGUGAACGAAAUAAAGGUCUUUUUACAGCUGAUCAAAACUUACAAGGUAAUACAGCUAUUUAUACUCGACAAGAUCGUGCAGGUACUAAAUAUGGUUAUGAAUGUCCUGAAGAACGAGAUUAUUGGCCUUAUAUUAGUCCAUGGGCUGACAUAGCUAUGUUAACAAGUAAUACCAAAAGUUUCAAUGUCAAACCUCGAUAUGAUUGUAUUGAAACUAGAAAUGAUGUACGAACGUCAACAAAAUUUAAUAAUGAAGUAAAUUGUACGUCACAUGGUGGUAAAUGGUUAUUAUUAUAUUCCUAUCUUGAAAAAGCUCCAGGAUAUACAACACAAGCAUCAUGUGAAAGAGCUUCAAAUAGUCGAUAUCAAUACAAAUGGGCAAUUCCUCAUGAUACAAUCACUGUAAAAGAAGAAUGUCUUGUACUUCAUCCUCAACAAGGUCCAUCAUGUCUUCAAGCUCCUUGGACACGAUCAAACUAUCUUGGAUUAAAUUCUGAUGCUGAACCAUUAUCAUAUGAUUGGACUGUACCAAGUUUUCCAUCAAAUAAAGUUAAAAGAUGUAUAGCUCGAAUUCGUUAUAAUAUUUCAACAUUUGAUUAUGAUUUAUAUAAUAUUAAUUCAAGUAGUAAUGGAGCUAAAUCACCCGUAAGAAACGAUCCUAUUGUUAUUGUUGAUGAUGGUAUUCGAUUACAAAUUAAUUUAAAUACUGAUCAAACUGGUCGAACAUUUCAAGAUCGAACACAUAUUUUUGAAAUUUUACCAAGACCAAAUGGUAUAAGUGACAAUGAAAAUAUUUAUAAUUGGAAUAUGUUAGGUAAACGAGGAAAUAUUGUUCAAACAUAUCCAGCUGUUGAAUAUGAUUUUACACCAAGAAAUCUUCAAAUUAAUAGAAAUGAUCUUAUUCAUAUACAAUGGACAGGUUCAAAUACACAUAAUAAUAAAGGUGGUUCCGAUGGACAAUCAGGUGCUGAUGGACAAGGACAGGAUGGAACUGAUCGAUCAAAUCUUGUAGAAAUUCGAGAUCGUGAUGAAAAUUAUCCAUAUCCAUAUGAACAAACAACAUUUUGGAAGAAUGUUAAAAUUCGUUGGAGUCCAAUGGGUAAAUCAAAUGAUAAUAUUCAAAAAGAGGAUCUUGCUCUUUAUUUUGCUUCAUCUGGUUACUAUCGUUGUAAACGUGCAGUUGAUUGUACAGGAGUUGACAAUUCAUAUACACUUGAAACACAAACAACAAAAUUAGAUAGUCUUCUUAAUGUCGCUCCAGCUUCAUUUGCAGGAGCACUUUUACAAGUUACUCCAGGUACAUAUCAUAUGAUGUGUACAAGAAAUAAUAAUUUUAGUAACCGUGCUCAAAAAGGAACAUUAAUUGUAACAUAG